AUGGUGAGCCCCACUAGACGGCCGCCCGGGUCGCGUCAGUCCGCUCGCCCGCUCGGGACUCAGCUCGAGAUUCAACUCCGGACUCGACUCGGAUUGCAGCUGCUACCGCGCCCUGGCCACGCGGGUCACGUGGCCCCGAGCAGCACAAACUUGUAUGACUUCUUCAACCUCUGGUUUCCCUUCUACAAGCCGGGGAAAGCAUUCUCCCUCAAAGGACUCAUUAGAGUGGACGCACUGGGAGGGCUAAGCCGUGGUCAUGGGAAGACAGCAAGGAUGUCAACCACGAACCAGGAGGAGGACGAGGAGAGGGAGGAGGAGGAGGAGGAGAAUGACAUCAUAGCCGUGAGCAAGGACUCUCAACACAGUCACACGUGGUAUGCAGGGCCACCUCCGCCAUUGCCCCCCAGAGCCUGGCUCCCCAGCACGGGUGCCCGGUAUUGGACAUCAGCCUCACAGUCCUUUCCCCGGGAAGGUGUCUUUGACCUCAUCCCCGUCUGCCUGGGUUUCGCUUUUGUCUUUGGGCAGGGUCUCAUUCAGCGGAGGCUGGCCUUCCUUCGAGUAGCUGUAGUCCAUGACCCUGUGUCCAGCCUUGCCUGUGAAGGCACUGGACCAUUUGCCUGUGAGCUCCAGCCAAAGAAGGAGGCAGACAGGAGUGAGACAAAAGUGGAGAAGCCAGGACCUGUGAAUUUAGAGAUGCCCAUCCCAUCUCCUUCCAAGAGAAAGCAGCCCCUAGACCAGAAGGAAGAAGAGAAACAGCUCUCUGAACGUGGGAACAACGGCGGGAGUUCCAAGUCCUCUCCCAAGGGCAAAGAGAACACCUGUCCACGUUUGGAGCCUAAGGUCCCCAGUCAGAAGCGAUCUGGGCAAAGCUGGGCUGUCUCCUCCUGCGGACUCCACAAGAGAAGUGACAAGCUGGAAGAGAAGAGGAGGGCCAGACCAUCUCCCUCCAGAGAGAGAGGAAGGGGCCAAUCUGGCUCCACCCACAGAAGAGAUUCCUCGCACACAAAACUGCAUGUAAAGGACCGAAGGCCCCAGCUAAGAUCUCCUGGGAGGACUCUGAAGCGCAGGCCCUCUGGAGACAGCUAUGGUGCCCCAUACAACUCAGCCAAGAGGCGCAGACACCCUUCUCCGGAAGCCCUCUCAUUCCCGACGUUCUCCCUGCUGAUGUCCAGAGUCUUCACCAACAUGGGUGCCUUGCAGGUGGCCCUGGACGACCUCCAAACCCCCGGAGGUGCCUUCCUGCCUGGGCCUUCCAGCAGCAGGGAGCCCACUGUCUCACAGCGCGCCUGGCUCACUUGGCAAUUGUCUCACGCGGGAGCAGCCCUGCACUGGGCGCUUCACACGGUCAAUUCCAUCUGGGCUGCACAGGCCAGCCUGCCUAGAUACACCUGGCCCCAAGGCGAUACCUUUACUGCUAAUCCUAGACCAGUGCCCAUCUCCUGUCCUCUCCCAAGUACCCAGGCCAGGCAAGUGGCGCAGAGACCAGGCGACUCCACAUCUCCCAACCCUUCCGUGGAUGCAAGGAUUCUAGGCCCGAGCAGAGGAGGCCAGAGAGACCAGCAUGCCUUGAGUCCCCAGUGA